GGCUGAUGGACUUGUCACAUUUGAACUAAUUUCUUCCGUAUCGGAAACUGAAGACGCAAGACAAGACAAUCUUUAACAAUUGGCAAAGUUGAUGUUUACAAAGGCAUUGAAAAGACAUAUGAAGGAGCCCCAGGUGAACAUGGAGAGCCUGAGCAAGCCAGAGCUGCUGAUGCUCUUCAGUGUCCUGGAGGGAGAGCUGGAGGCUCGUGACCUGGUCAUCGAGGCCCUCAGGGCCCAGUGCAGAGACACAUAUGUGGAGAAGCGCUAUGGGAAGUACAACCUGAGCGACCCGUUCCUGGCUCUGCAGAGGGACAGUGAGGCGAUGGGGGGGCAGAGCCCUGGGGUCCACCAGGCUUCAGCCUACUCUAGCCCCCUGGCUGUGCUCAAGCAGGUGGUCACCCACUGCAGGAGGAUGCAGGAGAAGAUGCUCGCCCAGCUAGCUGCAGCCGAGAGCAGUCACAAGAGGGUCAUUGCAGAUCUGGAGGAGGAGAGGAGAAGGCAUGCAGAGGACACCGCUGAGGGCGACGAUGUCACUUGCAUCCUGGAAAAGGAGAGGGAACGCCUCUUGCAACAGCUGGAGUUUGAGCGGGGCCAGGUGCGUCGUCUGGAGAAGGAACAGAAGAGGGUCCUGGAGCAGCUGGAGGAGGAGCGGGUGCAGCACAAGCAGCUCUCCUCUGCCCUGGCCAAGGAGUGCAAGUGGGCCAGCCAGCGGGCCCUGGAGGUGGACCACCGCCUGGCUGAGGCAAACCGUAGGCUGGAGAAGGAGCAGCGGGAGAUCUUGGCCCUGAGGGCUGAGCUACAGAAGGAGAGGAGGAAGGCCCUGCAGAUGGAGGCCAGGGUGGAGGAGCGGCUGGCUGAGUUUGACACGGAGAAGGAGCAGCUCCGCUCUCGGCUCAAGAGGGAGGAGGCCCAGUGCGGCCUGCUGCAGGAGCAGGUGGAGGCGCUGAGGAGAGAGCUUCAGGAAGAGAGGGGAGAUGAGGAGGAGGAUGAGAGGAGAGACUCUCCUGUGGAUAUCAGUGGAGGGUCACCACUACUACGACCACCACCAGUGGAGGGGGGUGAAGAGCCUAAAGUCAACGGUCACGACUGCCUCAGGGAGGACGCCCUUCCACACAGACUGGGCCUGGACAACCGGAGUGAGAACAGCAGCCCUGUCCUGCUGUCCCCUGCCCUCCUGAACCAGAGCCUGUCCCCCUGCAGCACAGGGUCUUCCUCCCUCACCUCCUCCCCGUGCUCCUCUCCUCAGCUGGCCAAACGGCUGGCCCUGGCCACCAGUCCCAGCUACCAGUCCUCCUACCAGGCAGGCAUCAACCAGCGCUUCCACGCUGCUCGCCACAAGUUCCAGGGCCACACUGAUCCAGAGCCACAGCAGGAGGGAAGAGGAGGUGGCAGCCUACCCCACUCCCCUAGAGACCUGUCCCCAUCCCCUGAGUGCAUCCCCGUCCCUGUCCCCAGCCCGGCCAAGCAUCUGGCCCGCAGCACCGUCACCCACGUCCUGUCCCGCUUCACAGUCCAGCAGGGGGCCAAACCUCCGCCACCCAACAGCUCUCCCUUCGGCACUGACUACCGUAACCUGGCCCUGACCCCCUCCUCCCCGGUCAUCCCCAGGGCCUCUGGUGCUGCUCUGCCUCUGGGGGUCUGCUCCCCAACCAUCCCCCGAGCAGACAGGGGCAACCCGCCCCCCAUCCCCUCUAAGAAGCCUGGCCUGGCCCAGUCUCCAGCGCCAUCCAUCCCUGGUACCAGAGCCAGCCACUUUCCUGAGCUGUCAGGAAGCUGUGGUCUCACCAGCGGCCAGGAGAAUGUUAAAGAGCUGGACAUGGUGGUUUCCUCCGUCAGUUAGCCUAGCCUCCUACUGAGUGCUACUAGCGCUGUGUUCUUUUAUACCGCUCACACGUUCCUGUGCUGAGGCACGCUGCAAAACACUGUCAAGUUAACUGUAUUUAUUUUAUUUUUGACAUGCAUCUGCUUCAUUCUUCUUGUAGCACAAUAUAUGUAUUUGUAUUUAUGCAUUUUGGGUUUGUUGGUAAUAUAAUAUAAGGAGAAUAAGCAGUAAUGAAGAGUAAUGGGCCAACAUGCAUGUUAGUUGCUGGGUAUUUUUCAAAAGUUUGCUAAGAAAAGCAUGUAAUUUCAUGGGACAAUCAAAUGUUGCUACUUAUAAUGCAGCUUUUGAAUUUGAGCUUGGAAAUAAGCAUUUCUCUAAAUCAAGAUUGGGAUUUAGCCUAAUACUGAACAAAAUAAGUGAGCUUAUCUUAAACUGCAGAGUUUAAUACUGAACCAAGGCCGCUUACAAACACAUUAUUAUAAUGUUAUAUUUCCUAAAAUGGCACAUGAUUAUAACAUUCCAUAUCUUCAAGGCUUAAUAAGUUGGCAGUAUUCUGUGUAUAUGCAGCAUUCUGUGUAUGUGCAGAAUUCUGUGUAUAUGCAGUAUUAUUAAUACUUGCUCUCAUACCAAUCGUCUGGUCAAACAUUUAGAAUGUAUAUUUUUACAUGAGCACAAUAUAUCUCUUUUACACCCGCAUAUUGGUUUGUCAUAUACAGUUGAGGUCGGAAGUUUACAUACACUUAGGUUGGAGUCAUUAAAACUUUUUUUCAACCACUCCACAAAUUUCUUGUUAACAAACUAUAGUUUCGGCAAGUCAGUUAGGACAUCUACU